AUGUCAAUGGGCUUGGGAGCCAUAACUUCUUGUGCCACAUCAAAUGCCGCCGCCAUAGCUGCAGCCAGGUUAGCCAAUAACCGCCAGGGCCACGUCUCAUCAUCUUCAGUUUUCCGAAAUCAGCAGCUGCGGCGGCAAGUACUCGUUCAGAGUUCGUUAUCUUCCCAACAUAAUAAGGAUGCCAGAGUCCGUUGUCUCACGAAUAACGACGAGCUUGAGGUCCCAUCCCUUUCCACUCAUGCAACUUCCUCCUCUGGUUCUACUGCGUCGUCGAGCAUUGGCAGCAGUAGCACCUUGGGGUUGUCUUUGGAAAUCAGAGAGAUAGACGAAAGGUGCAAAAAGUGGCAAUGGAGAGGCUACACCAUCAAUUACUUAUCAGUUCACGGUAGGAGAGAACAAGUACUCAAUCCCGAUUCAAAUUCCAAUUCUGAUUACCCUCCUCUUCUGCUUGUUCAUGGAUUUGGUGCCUCCAUUGCUCAUUGGCGCAGGAAUAUUUUGACACUGGCUCAAAGUUACACUGUGUAUGCAAUUGACCUUUUUGGUUUUGGCGCUUCUGAUAAGCCUGAAGGAUUUUCAUAUACCAUGGAUGUAUGGGCUUAGUUAAUUUUGGAUUUCUUGGAUGAAAUUGUGCAAAGGCUGACUGUACUAAUAGGGAACUCCGUUGGUAGUCUUGCUUGCGUUAUUGCUGCCUCGGAUUCUAGUCAGUCCCUGGUUCGAGGGCUUGUUCUCUUGAAUUGUGCAGGUGGCAUGAACAAUAAGGCAAUUGUUGAUGAUUGGAGAAUUAGGCUGCUGUUACCUUUGUUUUGGGUUUUUGACACCUUAUUGAAGCAAAGGGCAAUUGCUUCUUUCAUCUUUGAGCGUGUCACCCAAAGAGAUAAUAUGAGGAACAUCUUACUGUCUGUUUAUGGAAAUUAGGAAUCUGUGGAUGAAGACCUGAUAGAGAUCAUUAAGAAACCAGCAAAUGAUGAGGGGGCGCUUGAUGCUUUUGUGUCCAUAGUGACAGGACCACCGGGGCCGAAUCCUGUGCAGUUGAUGCCGAGGAUCACCUUACUUGUUUUAGUUUUAUGGGGUGACAGAGACCCAUUUACCCCACUUGACGGUCCUGUUGGUACAUACUUCUCGACUCUUCCUGCUCAAGUACCAAAUAUGAGCCUCUUUGUUCUGGAAGGCGUUGGUCAUUGUCCUCAUGAUGACAGACCAGAUUUGGUGCAUGAAAAGUUGCUGCCUUGGCUUGACGAUCUUCUUCCUGCUUUGUAAUACAUCACAUUUUGUUUACCUCCUGCUUGCAGUUGUUGAGUAUGUUAUUUGAUAUCUCAAUAGAUUCAAGUCCCUCAAUUAAUCAUUGACGAUUUGAUAUUCUGCCGCACAAACAACGAAUAUGUCGUGUUGUAAUAACAUGGAUUUUUUGCUC